AUGCCUUCCUACAUCGAUGGCGAGAUGCUGCCGCCGCCAGCAGCAUCAAUCCGUGGCCGCGACCACCACACGUAUGGCGGCAACAAUGCUUUUCACAACUUCUACAACGACUAUUCACACAUUACCGAUCCCAAUCUGCGGAGACGCCUGGCCUUGUCCGAGAUUGACAAGGUCCCUUUUGGAUUCUACCAUGUCCGAGCCGUCCUGGUCGCCGGAGCUGGAUUCUUUCUCGAUUCCUACGACAUCUUCGCCAUCAACCUCAUUACUACCCUCCUUGGGCUGGUCUUUUACAGCGGCGAUAGCUCUCUCAAUGGCUACGGGGGCAACGACGGAAUUCUACCCGAUCCUGUCAACCAAGCGCUCAAGGCCUCGACCAGCGGCGGCAUUGUGCUGGGAAUGAUAAUCUUUGGCUGGCUUGCCGAUGCGCUUGGCCGACGCCGUAUGUACGGCAUUGAGCUCAUCAUCAUCAUUAUUGGCACAUUUGGCUGUGCACUUGCGUCUCCAAGUCCCACGAUUAGUGCUGCCGGCUUGCUGGUAUUCUGGCGCGUCAUGAUGGGCAUCGGCAUUGGUGGCGAUUACCCCCUUUCUUCAGUCAUAACAUCAGAGUUUGCGCCGACACGCUGGCGUGGGGCCAUGAUGGCUGCUGUCUUCUCCAUGCAGGGCCUGGGUCAGCUUUUAGCCGCCAUUGUUGCGCUUAUCACUACAGUGGCGUUCAAGAAACAUUAUAUCGACAUUUCGGCCGAAGGAGCCUGCGAUUUGGCAUGCAGGGAGGCCGCUGAUCGAUCGUGGCGAAUCAUUGUUGGCGUUGGGGCCAUCCCUGCCGUCCUGGCCCUGUACUAUCGUAUCACCAUCCCUGAGACACCUCGCUACACCUUUGAUAUCCAAAACGACAUUGAAAAAGCUGAUGCCGAUAUCCGAGCCUACGUGUCGAGCCGGCCAAAGGGCGACUUUGGCUCCAUGAAGCGAUCCCGAUCGGGGACGAUGACUACCGAGCAACCACUCGAUGUGCCGCCGGCUUCGUGGCCAGACGUGAUGACCUAUUUUGGCCAGUUGAAAAACUUCAAAGUACUCGUUGGCACAACCAUGUCGUGGUUCUUUCUAGACCUCGCAUUUUACGGUCUAAGCUUGAAUAAUACCAUGGUCCUUAGUGCCAUUGGCUAUGCCACCGGACGUACACUGUAUCACAAACUGUACAACCAAGCCGUUGGAAUGAUCAUACUCGCGUGUGCCGGGUCCAUUCCUGGAUACUGGGCCGCCGUCUUCACAAUCGACAGCGUCGGCCGCAAGCCCCUUCAGUUCGGCGGCUUUCUCCUGCUCACUGUCAUCUUCUGCAUCCUCGGUUUCUACUUUCACCACUUGAGCGAAGGCGCGAUGCUCGCCCUCUACAUUGUUGCUCAAUUUCUCUUCAACGCCGGCCCCAACACGACUACCUUUAUUAUCCCUGGAGAAUGCUAUCCCACGCGAUACAGAUCUACUGGCCACGGCGUUUCCGCAGCUUCGGGUAAGAUUGGCGCCAUUAUCGCCCAGGUCAUCAGUAUCCCGAUUUUGAGGAAGGACUCCCCUCCCAACUGCUCGGGCAACCAAUGCUCGCCACACCUGAAUCGCCUUUUGCAACUUUUUGCCCUCUUUAUGCUUCUGGGCACCCUAGUCUCGCUUUUGGUACCGGAAACAAAGGGGAUGACGUUGGAGGAACUUUCGGGCGAGGCCCGCACCAGCUACAACGCCGGAUGCAACGGCAGUAUCAACAUUACUUCACCUCGACUGCGGCCGUGGAAUCCGUUCAGCGGUGGCCGGCCGGCCGGGUUUUUCUAUCCGCGAGCGCACGGUAUUAGCACCUUUGGCAACGGCCGACGCUCCCCUCGGGUUGGCAUCAUGGAGUCCCCCGAGAUAUUCGCCCAACACGAUCCAUCCGAACAGAGGACACGCUUCUGGCGGAGACGAAACAGGAAAUCUCAGGCCCGAAGCGAUAGAACGGACGAGAUUGCCCUUAGCCGUCGCCCCAGCAGCUUUCACGAAAACGCCGGCUCGGACGAGAUUACGCUGACGGACGGCUUUAUGGCGCCGGGCGGGGCGAGCUCGUCACGAUUCCGACCACAAUACGCGCAACAAGAAUUGCCUAGCUGGGGAGCAGGCUGGGGAAGAAUAGACAGGGGAGGGCCCCCUCCUCUGGCGACAUCGAUGCAGCUGCAAGAUGUCGGAUCACUUUUGAAAGACUGA